AAAACACACAAAUCUCAAAGAGAAACAAACUCAUUAAAUGAAAGCUAACUUCAUCGUUCAUAUACUUAAGUUUGAGCCUGCCGAGGAUUGAAUUAAUCAUCAGCCGACCCAAGAUCGUCAACAAUACUGCGAUAAAAAGGAGCACUAAAACUUACUCUAUUAAAGCUUUCAUUUUGUUAAUGUACUACUCCCUCCGUCCCCGAUUAAGGCCGAAAGUCUCCCAGCACCACAACUCUGCGCUGUCAACUACUCUACAACCCGUUGGUACGAGUGCAGUUUGCCUAUAUACCUCCUAAUAAGCAAGCAGAAACAUGGCAGAGGCAGUCAUUCUAUCGAUGAUACAAAAGCUGGAAAAAUGUCUAGAGAAUAACUGGACUAAAAGAAUGUUAACGUUUGCACAUAUCAAAAGUAUAAUUAAUGAAAUUGGAGAUAUUGUGGAUAUAGUGAGGGAUAAGAAAUUUGGAGAAGGACGAAGACUCAGCUUUUUGGUAUCUGAUCUAGUCCACAUGGCUCACGAUGCCCUCGACCUCUACAAGAAUGACAAGACUUCUGAAUUGUAUUUCAUGGCAAUGUGGAUUGGAGAGAUCAAAAUGCGAAUGCUUAAACUGGGAGUUGAUGGGGCGGAGUCCAACUCAGAAAAUGUUGAUGAAGAUAAUGUGGUGGUAGGCUUGGACAAACACAUUGAAAUGGUGCUCCGCACAAUGAUUUUUUACACCCAAAAAUAUCGUCCGUUGCUUCUUAUCAAAGGCAUGUCUGGCAUUGGAAAGACGACUCUUGCUAGAGAGAUAUACAACCAUGCAGACGUCGUUAAGCGAUUCAGGUAUCGUGCUUGGGUAUGUGUUUCUAAUGUCUUAACUCUUAAAGAGAUAAUUAUCAAACUACUUCUACAAGUGCAAGUAGCAGUGGAUGGUGAGAGUCUUCAUACAUUUUCAUCAUUGGAGGAAAUAGACAACCAAACCCUCCUAUAUAUGCUUCACAAGCACCUGCAAGGACUGCCACAUUUAAUAGUUUUCAACGACUUGCCCAAACAAAUAUACUUCAGACCUAUCUGGAAAGCUCUUCAAAAAGAAGUAUCCGACGGAAGUAAAUUGGUGGUCACGAGUCACAUGAUGCAUCGAUUUCUAAACUACAAACCCCAUGUUGUUUAUAACAUGGAACCUUUGGAUUCCAUUCUGAGCUGGCAAUUGUUUUAUAAAACAAUAAACAGUGGGAAUAAAUUGAGGAAUGAGCAUAAAUUCCCAAGAGAGUUGGAGUACCAAGGAAAACUAAUGUUGAGAAAAUGUGGUGGUCUGCCAUUAGCUAUUAAAGAGGUUGUAAAUCAGCUAGCUCAAAAGAAAGCCUCUACUGUAACUGAUUGGGAACAACUUCUUGAGUCUGUUGAUUUGGUUCAACAUUAGAGUUAUUGGAACCGUAUUAUCAAAAAUUGGAUCCCAAAUUGCUGCCGUGUUUCAUGUAUCUGGCAUUGUUUAAGGAAAAUACAACUUUGAGGGAAAAUAAGUGAACGCAUAUUUGGUAUGCAACAGAAGGAUUGGAUGAUAGUGAUUCAUAUAUAGAUGGUUAGUUGAUGAAUCUGUUAUUGAUGAAGUCAAUGACAACUGCACACGGUGUCGCAUGAAUCUAAUACUACACAGAUUGUCCAUUAAAAAAGCAGAGGAGGGAAUAGGUUUUGAGAUCCUUGGAAGUACUCGACUCAACGGAAAUCCACGUCACCGUGUGAUCAUUUGUAGCAGAGACAAUUUCAACUGCUCAACGAAUCAAGAUAAAUAUCUUGCUUCUCUCUUCUUCCAUGGAGGUGGUUAUUUCAAUGCUAGUCCAUCCUAUUGGAAAGGCUUGAAAAACUCAAGAUACUUGACUUUGAAGAUUUUGGAUUGAAGAUUUUACCUGAAGUGAUCGGCACAUUGACGAAAUAAAGAUACUUGGGUUUGAGAAAUAAUUACAUAAAAGAGCUCCCAUCAUCGGUGGGGUGCUUGAAAAAGCUUGAGGUUCUUGAAAAUAAUGUUAUUUCCGAGAAGCCUUUCACGAUAGAUGUGCUACAACGGCUGAAGACCUUAUCCUCGGUCUCACUUGAUGAUCUGAUAUAUGAUGAGCUCUUAGGCUUGAAAAUGUUGGCAUCGCUGGACAAAUUGGGUGUACAUGAUUUGGAUGGAAACACACGUGUGAGCAAGUUCUUUGUGCUAUUGUCCGACUUGGAAUAUGUUCGCCACCUCAUCUUAAGAGGGUACCGUUUUAGAAGCAUGCCUUGUUUUGAUGAGCUUGGUACUCUAGAACGUGUCAAAAUACUCAAAUUGGAUGGACGCCUUGAUAGGUUGCCAAAUAGUUUCCCUUUUGAACUAACUUACUUGCCGUUGGCUAAUAGUUGUCCCAAUGAAGAUCCCAUGCCACUGCUUGGGAAGCUACCUGACUUAGAGUACCUCAAAUUGUUGAAUGCAUAUACAGGUCAACAAAUGGGGAUCUUAAAUAACAAUUUUCCCUCUCUCGAAGUCUUGUGCAUCAAAGAGUUAUGGAACCUGAGAAAUCUACAAAUUGAAGAAGGCGCACUGGAUCGUCUUGAAAAAAUUGAAAUCUACAAUUGUCCUUAUCUGUAUACCCUCCCCAAAGAGGUUCGGUCAUUAUCUGAUCUGGAUGAGUUGAAGAUGGUGACAACCAAAACCAUUUCAACUAACAUCAGAAAUUCACAUUCAAUCUCCAAAAUAAGGUUUGUGAAUAUCAAUCCAUAGGCACGGCUAUUGAUAAUAUCCAUUCAUCUUUGUGUCUCAUAACAUAUGUAUAAAUAUUUACAGUUACAGAUUGUGUUUAUCUUAAAUGGCAUUUUGAUCA